UAUCACACCUUGUGUUUUAUUACAUUUUAUUUACAGUUGCAAAGAGUGUUCUGGUAUGGGAAAAACAGUCUGCAACGAUUGUGAAGGAAAAGGACAACUGCUGUCGUUCAUUGAGCUGCAAGUUGAAUGGAAGAACAACGUUUAUGAAUAUGUGGCAGAUGAAAGAUCUGGAUUUCCUAUCGAACUCUUCAAAACGGUUACUGGAGAGACGUUGUUUGUUGAUGACAGCCCUAUGGUAUAUCCAGUGAUUAGUUUCCCUGAUUUUGGCGUCAGUCAAGCCUCCAGCUAUGCCGUUGAACAACACCAAGCUCAGUUUGCAUCUACAAGGCGGAUACUCAGGCAGAGGCAAACAAUUGAGCUGAUACUUCUCACCAGGGUACAAUAUUUGUGGCAUGGAAAACCUUACUCCUUCUAUGUUUAUGGCAAGGAACGCAAGGUGCAUGCGGAGGAUUAUCCACAGAAGUGUUGCUGUACUAUCCUGUGAUUAUUAUGGGCUAAAAGAAGCCCUGUUGAUUAAAACUUGUGGAAUAUUUGCAGUCCCUCCUCAACCCAUUUUUAUUUUAUAAAUGAAGUUUAUUGACCCACUUUAUAAGAAUUGUGGAAGAUGCUUAAAUAAAUUGGACAUAAAGGACUAAAGUUUGCCAAACUCCAGAAUUACAUAUUAGAAGGAGAAAGAAGAGCAAUCAGUGCAAGGAUGUCUUGUGCACAACAAAACAUUCCUGCCCCCCCCCAGCGUGUCUCCUGAAUAUGUUCUUUUUUAAUGCUUUAUUGAUAUUAAAAAGAUAUAACAAAGAAAUAUAUAUAUAAUCAAAAUAAAAAUACAAAAAGAAAAUCUCAUUAUUUGUUCACUGUACAUUCUUGAGUUCCCUACGACUUCCCGCCACCCCAUCAUGCAUUUACUACUUAUUUUAUCUAGUGCACUAUUAAUCUCCAUUUUCUUUUUAAUCGUCAAUAAUAUAUUUUCUUAUAAAUAUCCAUCGUAACACACAAGUCAUUCAUAUCCUGUCACAUUUAUACUAGUACAAUAAUCUUUAAGAUAUUUUUUAUACAUGUCCCAUUUCCAAAUAAAUGUUUGUUCAGUAUUA